CCAAUCAGCAUUGCCGCUUCAGUAAAUGACUGAGUUGAUCUGCUCUGUACACCAGGAAGAGCGGAUCAGUCGCCGAGUGUAACAGGGACUGGGGCAGUUCUUUCAGGAUGUGGAGACUGACACUUACCGCGGUCGCUGUUUGCUUAUUGAUAUCUGUGGCUGAGCCCCAGGGUUUCACUAUCCUGACAGAAAACAGUCGGAUUAAUGUGACCGUCGGAGGAAACGCAUUAUUUUCAGUGAAGCCGUCAGGCGCGGUGAGGUCUGGAAACUGGGAUUUCAAGGGGGAAACUGUCGGUCGGUGGAUCGGGAUAAAUGUUGAUUUCAAUAAUGAGUACAAAACACGGGCUGAGAUCUUCUUCCCAAACGGAUCAUUCCUGCUGAAGUCAGUGACAGUUUCGGACAGUGGAGAUUACACUGUUAGCAUGACUCCAGUUAAAGGCAAUGACGCAACAGCAACCAUCGCUCUGCACGUCCUUGAACCUGUUUCUAAACCCACUAUCUCAUCCAAUGACACCAAUCCAGUAGAAUACAAUGACACAGUGGUUCUAACAUGUCAUGCAUCAGGGACAGCAGUUUCAUAUCAGUGGCUUAAGGAUAAUAAGACUAUUAACUCCAGUGACAGGAUUGGUCUGAGUAGUGAUAACAGCACCUUGACUAUAUAUGGAUUGUUGAGAUCUGAUGAAGAAUUUACGUGUUAUGGAUACAACAUGAUUAACGAAAAUACAAGUGAUCUAUAUCUACUAAAUGUUAACUAUGGACCGGAAUCCCUUAAUAUAUCCAUCAGCCCACAACUUGCUUUCUACAUUUCAGGGUCAAAUGUAAAUUUUUCCUGUUCUGCCAUUUCAAAACCCAUUUCUGAAUUUCAGUGGUAUCUCAAUGGUAAUUCUCUUCAGCAAAAUAUACAGCAGCUAAUCAUUACUGAGAUAUCCUUGAAUAACACUGGUAAUUACACUUGUGAGGCCUAUAACAAUGCAACAAAAAGAUACAGCCUGACAACAAUCGACAUGACGACUGUGGUAGAACCUGUUUCCAAGCCUAAUGUUAUCGCCAAUGUCACCAACCCAGUAGAACACAAUGACACCGUGACUCUGACGUGCUUCGCAUCAGGCACCACAGUUUCAUAUCAGUGGCUUGAAGACAAUAGCACUAUUAUUCCUGAUAACAGAUUUAUUCUAAGUGAUGAUAAUAGAACUCUCACUAUAUCUGGAGUGUUACGGUCUGAUGGAGGAUUCAUGUGCUAUGCAUUCAACUCCUUUAGCAGAAUGACAAGUGAUCCAUACAAUCUAAAUGUCAGCUAUGGACCGGAUCUCCCUAACAUAUCCAUAAACCCUGAUUUGUCCACUUACCUUUCUGGAAGAGCUGUUACUUUUUCAUGUUCUGUGGACUCAAACCCACCUGCAGAAUUGGAAUGGUAUCUCAACGAUACCUCUCUUCAACAAAAAGGGCAACAACUUAACAUUUCUAGUAUUACUUUGAAUGGCACUGGAAAUUAUACCUGUCAGGCCUUUAACAAUUUAACAAAAAGGUAUGGCGCCUCAACUAAACAAAUAGUUGUAAUAGAACCAGUUUCUAAUGUCAUUGUAUCGUCCAACAAUUCAAAACCAGUAGAAAAUGUCGAUACCGUUUCAUUAACUUGCAAUGCCACGGGCUCUAUACAAUCACGGAUAUGGUAUAAGGAUAAGCAAGUUAUCAAGCAUAAUGACAGAAUAAUAACAUCUCUGAACAACGAUACACUGACUUUAAUCAAUGUUAACAGGCACGAUUCGGGAACAUAUAAAUGUAAUGCAGGCAAUGAUUUUAGCACCGAAUCUGGAGAUAUCAAACUGCAAGUUAAUUAUGGACCAGAGAACGUCAGUAUUACACCAUCAGGGCCAAUAGUAGAACAGGGGAAUUCUCUUACAUUAACUUGUACUGCCGUAUCAGUUCCACCUGCUACAUAUGAAUGGUACAAUGGGAGUAAGCUGUUAAAGGCAGGAGAAACUUAUAGCACUGAACCAAUAAACUCGAAUCCUGGUGGGAAUUAUACGUGUCGGGUAAAUAACAGCAUAACUAAGAUAAGCAAAAACACUACCGUACAGGUAACUGUCCAAGAAAAGCAUGAAAAGGAAAGCAAAUUGUCUACCGGUGCCAAAGUAGGCAUAGCUUUUGCAGUUCUUGGUUGUGUUGUUAUAUUGGUGGUUGUCAUAGUUUUGUGCAUGAAGAAGAAGUGCAAAAUAUUCAGGGCAAAAGGUGGAUCACAACAAAAUAAUAUAACAGUGGCUUCACCAAGAAACGGGCCAGUGCCAUCUAGCAAUGGGACCAAUACAGAAGUCACAAAGCCAAGAGAGCCAGAUGUUGUUUAUGCACAACCUAACAUUUUGCAACAAGGUGCAAAGACUUCAACUGCAACAACUGAAAACAUUAAGACUGAUUAUGCUGAAUUGAAGUUUAAAUGAGUUUUUUUUAAUGACUGGACAUAAUUUUAAUUACUAUCAACCCCAAAUACAAUAUGGAUGCAUGUUGUUUCCCAAGCUUCUCAAAAUCAAAAGUGAAAAACUUCUGAAACAGAAUAGGAAGACAUGCAACAUCAAUUUGGUUAAAAAAUUCUUAAAGGGACUGAAUUACAUUAAAUAUUAUUAUUCCACUGUGGCAUGGCAUCAUAAAUUUAGGCCAAAAUUGUUGAAUAGAAAGAAGAAAGAAAAAGGGCACAGACGGUGGUAGUUCAUUCAUUCCUAGCCAAUCAUCAAUUCUUCCCUGCCAAAACACCAGGCUUACUAAAUUAAACAUUGAUAUAUAUGCUCUUAGUCUCCUAAUAAUGUACCACCAGAUUUACAUCAGGUUCUAACCCAGAGUCACAUAGUAAAUGUACCUACGAUAUAGAGCAAGUAAUCAAAUCUGGCCUUUCUGAUGAAUGUGCCACUGUUCUUCUUUGACUACUACCUGGCUCUUCUACAGACUUGUCCCAAGUUUCCUUUAGAAAGGGUAUUUGGUGAGCCAAAAGCAAGAGACCUAUUUCUCAAGUUUUCUUUAAUACAGCAGAUGCAUUGGGAAGGCGGAGCUUGUUUUUUUUACUAUGUUGCUUUUAAUAUGCAAGGGUGGGACAGGGAUUCCCAACAUUUUUAGCUAUGGAAAGCCACUAUUUUGCAUAAAUAUUAUUAAUAUUUUCAUCAUUCCCUUAUUUUACCCAUCACAUGUAAUGGAGAUGUGUGAGUGAGCUUUUUAUAACACCAAAAUCUAAUUGUAUUUUCCUGGCUCUGACAAUUUUCUGAUGUUGCUGUUUUGCAAAGAAUUAUGAGGGACACAAAUGUAAGAGUUCCGAUAUUGUGAUGCAAGUGAAGUUUGCCGAGAUUUUAUGUAACUUUCUGUUGCAUUAUUACACAGAGUGCUAGCAGCACUAUUGUUCUCUACCCUGUAAUAUUGCCUGGGCAAACUGGGGUUUGUAUUUUAUUCUUCCUAGCUGGAAAUGACUUGUGACCAGCACAGUAAAGAAGUUUCACCCCUUCUGUGCUGUAAACAUCUAUGAGUCUAUAAAUCUAGUAAUAUCAGCCAGACUGUGAAAGGGAAGAUAUUUUCGUCUCCACUAUAAAUGCAAGUGUUUGGAACAGUCAACAUAAAUUCUGCCCCAGAUCUUCCAAAGUUAAUACUAUAAGGAAAAUUCUCACUAGAAAUAAUCACAAGAGCAUGUAAAGACAAUCUGAAAGAAAACAGGUGAUCUAAACAGGUAUUAAAUAACUGCAAUAUUUAAACUGUCAAUGAUAGGUUAAUAAAAUGCAUUAUGUAAUAUUUACGGUGGAGUUGAUGCAAUCUGUACUAUAGAUGAGCUAAAAAUGUAAAAUAUGAAGAAAAUGUUCACUGGAAGCAGUGGCUAGCUCUUUAGUUACAGAUAUAUUAUGAUUUAGACAGAAAUAUUCAUUGGAACUCUCUCCAUAUUUUCUGGGUAAUCAGAUUAUUUUUCAUAUUUUGCUAAAGCCUUAUUCUUCUUCCAGCCAGCUCAUCCAACUUAGUUUACGGCACAUGCUUACAUUCUGUCCAAGGGUAAGGAUGCUGGGAAAUUAUCUCACGUAAUGAGUCUGCCCAUUGCCAGGCUGUGACUGGCCACAAGAGAAUUUGCUUAAUGUAGACCAGAAUGACAUUCAUAAUGGGUGGGAUUUUCCGCACCCACCCGCCGCCAGGACCUUCCAGUCCUGCCGCAAGUCAAUGGACUUCUGGCAGGGGUCCCGCCCACGACGGGGCCAGAAAAUCCCGGCCAAUGUUUUCCUAGCACAUUGUAAUUAAGGUGCAGCUUCGGACUCAGACAUGCAAUGACAGGAUUGUACUGGUUUCCAUAUCAUUAAUUCGAAACAGGAGAGUUCCAGAGCAAGUCUCUUUGCAAGAUCUCAAGACCCGAGCAGCAGCUGCACUUGUUUUUAAACUAUUUUAGUCAAAAGAUUAAUUCAAACAGAUGCCACAACUUUCAUAAUUAAAGCACUGCAAAUCGCUGAAACACCAAAUAGUUCCAAUUAUAUGUUGCCAAAGAUUGGCAAUAAAUAUAAAAUUGUAGAUCAGAACAUAUCUAUAAAUGUCUUCACAUUCAAAAUUCCGCUUAUUAACACUUUUAAGUAUGCACUGUAUAAGAAUAUGAACAUAUGCAUUUAAAACUGCAUACAUGGGAAAGAUUCAAAUUCAGUAGGCUGGUUCUGAAUAGUGAAUAUAUAAGUAGGCUUCAUAACUCCAAACUGAAAAGUACAUUUUCUAAGAAUCAAAUUGCUAUUUGGAUUAACAUUAUUUCAGAUUAUAUUUUGAAUUAUGUGCUUCACAACUUUUGUUCAACGUACAGCUAAUGAAGAAGCUUUUGUUUUAACCACCAUUAAAGAUGUAAAAAUUGUUCAUCAACUAAAGACAUAGUCCAAACAUUCAAAUAUGCUCAGUAAUCUAUGUACUAUGGAAAAACUAUGUGUGGGCUACUUUGUCAAUUUUAAUUUAUAAUUUCAGAGCCAAUCCCAUGUGCCUACGUAUAUAUGUACUUCUCUUGUAAUUUUUGCAUCUUUGUUCCACACUCUUCCCCCAAGUAAGUUGAAGCAACAAGACUUACCGUAAUGUUACUUUCAAUGGAAAGCAACAACACGAGAUGCAAAAGUUUGAUCCUCAGGAGUGACUCUCUUCCAAUGAUUCUUUCUCUCCCUAUGGUAAAUGACUGGCCUUCUCUUAAUAUCACCUUAAUAUGGUGGAACAGCUGAGAUUUCCAACCCUUGUGAGAAAUUGCAGAUUCAACCCCACAUUCGAUUUCUUUGUGAACAGCAGCCCCUAACCUGCACCAUUAAUAGGAAUACUUAUUUGUGUGUAUAUAUAUAUAUAAAUAUAUAUAUGUGUCCAUCAGCUUGUAAAUGUGGACUUCAAUUAUCAUGCUACUUACAAUGCUGUUUUAAAGAUCUAUAUUAUUAAAAUAUAUUUUUUCUCCAA